AUGUCUGAAUAUUUUGUUGUUCCCGUGUUCCAUCACGGGGGAAAGUUUGUGAGAGAUAGUGGGGGAUAUAUGAGUUAUAUGGAUGGAGAUGUAUUCAAUAGUCCAAUUUCCAAUGAUGAUGAGGGGAGGACAGCAUUUGACUCAUAUAAUGAAGACACUGAGUAUGGUGAAGUGGAGUUUAAGGUUGGACAGAUGCUUCCUACAAUGGAUGUAUUCAAACAAGCUCUGAAAGACUAUUUUGUUUAUGAAGGUAAGGAUGUUAUAUACAUUAAGAAUGAGAAGCAAAGAGUAAGGGCUGCAUGUGCUGGAGAAUCUUGUCCGUGGUUGAUAUUGACUUCUUGGAAUAGUGCCAAUAGGUGCUAUCAAGUGAAAACUCUAUUUAAUGAGCAUAACUGUGGAAGGGACUUUGGAAGCAACUUAGCUGACAGGGCCUGGGUUACAUCCAAAUUGGUGAAGAGGCUUCUAACACAGUCUGAUAUGAAGCCGAAACAGGCUAUAGAACACAUGGUUGAGGAAUACAAUGUCCAUGUCAGUACAAAGAUGAUUAGCAGGGCAUUGAAAGCUGCACGGGAGGUUGUAUUAGACAAUGAGAGAGCUCAGUAUGGAAAAAUUCGGGAUUACCUGAUGGAGUUACAUAGAAGUAACCCUGGUUCAAUAGCACUGAUGGAGGUUAUUCCUCAGUCUGAAUCUCUCCCUCUGUUUGAUCGGUUGUACAUAUGCAUGGAAGCCUGUAAGAAGGGGUUCAAAGAGGGGUGCAGGCCUUUAAUUGGAUUAGACGAAUGCUUUUUAAAAGGAUAUUAUGGUGGACAACUAUUAAGUGUAGUGAGUCAAGAUGCAAACAACCACUUUUAUGUGGUGGCCUUUGCAGUGGUACCGAAUGAGUGCAAGGACACUUGGAAGUGGUUCCUGACUCUGUUGGCUGAAGACUUGGGAGCUGUUGGACAACAUGGGUGGAACUUUAUCUCAGAUCAACAAAAAGGGCUGGAGUUGGCAAUGAAGGAGGUCAUGCCUAACGCACAUCAUAGGAAUUGUGUACUUCACAUUUGGAAGAACUUCAUCAAAUACUUCAAGGAUCAGCAGACAAAGCAGCUUCUAUGGGAAUGUGCUAGGCAGACAACUAUCCAGGAAUUUAAAGUCUCAAUGGAGAAAAUGAAAAACAUUAAUCAGGGAGCAUGGGAAUACCUACAAAGGUUUGAUCCAGCUGUGUGGGCAAAAGCUUAUUUUAGCCAUGGACCGAAAGUAGACAACAUCACAAAUAAUAUGUGCGAGGUGUGGAACGCGAAAAUAAUUGAGUAUAGAGGAAGACCCAUACUAACAAUGAUAGACGAUCUGAGGUGUUAUGUCAUGAGGAAGAUGGCACUACACAAGAAAAAAUUAGAAAAUCAUACUGGAAAACUAGCCCCAGUUCAGCACAAGAGGUUGGAAGAAUUCAUCAAGCCUAAAGCAAGUAAGUGGAGAGCUAUUUGGGCAGGUGAUAGUGAUAGAGUCCUCUUUGAGGUUCAUAGGCAAGGACACAAGGUUGGGGUUAACCUUGCACAAAGAACAUGCACCUGCAACGUUUGGCAGUUAACUGGCAUGCCUUGUAGACAUGCAAUAGCAGCAAUGUACAAAAUUGGUGUGAAUCUUGAAGACUUCGUGCACACGUGGCUAACAAUGGACUCGAUCAGAGCUACUUACGCCCACACAAUGAAACCAGUAAAUAGUGAGGAGUAUUGGGAGCCCACUGAUGCCCCAAGGCCAUUGCCUCCACCAAUCAAAUGA